AUGGGCGCGUUACAAAGAGCAAGACAAAGAAGCAAGGUCGUGGACGUGGUGGUCGACGUCUUUGACUGGUACCCUGCGCACUACCCCAAGCAGGAGCGUAAACUACUACGUAAGAUGGACAUCGGCAUCCUCAUCUUUGGUUGUCUGAGUUUCUUCUGCAAGUAUCUCGAUCAGACCAACAUCACAAAUGCCUAUGUGUCUGGUAUGGAGGAAGACAUUGGGGCUACCGGCAACGACCUGAAUUACUUUAACGUGGCUUACUUUACCGCCUAUGUCAUUGGACAGAUACCACUGAUAGCCCUCCAGUCAAAGCCUGCCCUAGCUCCUUACCUUCUGCCGACCAUGGAAGUCAUCUGGGCCAUCCUCACUUUUGUCCAGUGCCGAGUCACCAAACCUUGGCACUUGUACAUCCUCCGUGCUCUUCUGGGAUUCUUCUCUGCUCCCUCGUUUGGCGGAACCCAUCUUGUUCUCGGAAGUUGGUACAGAAAAGAAGAGCUUUUCAAGAGGGCCGGCGUUUGGUUCACUGGUAACGCUCUUGGUAGCGCCUGCGGCGGCUACAUCCAGGCAGCUGCCUACAAGAACCUCGAGGGCGUCGGAGGCAUGCGUGGCUGGCGCUGGCUUUUCGUCAUCAAUGGCAUAGUCACCCUCCCCGUCGCCGCCAUCGGCUUUGCCCUCUUCCCCGGACUCGUCAACUCGCCCCGACGAUGGUGGUGCACCGAGGAAGAAUACGAGCUCGCCAGGACGAGGCUGUCAAAGGACCAUGGAGCAGACCAGGGAGUUACGUGGCAGACAAUCAAGGAUGUGUUGAGGAAGCCCAUGAUCUGGAUCUGUGUACCGUCCUAUAUCUUCUUAUGCCAAGCGUCGUACUGGACAGGGUACAUGAGUCUUUGGCUCAAGCGCGACACCAACUACUCUGUCGAGCUCAUCAACAUCCUUCCCACUUUCUUGUACCUCAUCCAGGCUAUCGCCUCUUGGGUUGGCACGACUCUAGCCGGUGCACUCAGCACUAGGGUCUUGUGGACGUUCCAGGCGUUUGCCAUCAUCUUUCCCACGAUUCUGCUGUGUAUCUGGAACAUUCCGAACGGGCUCAAAUUCUUUGCAUUCUACUUUUCCGGGUUCCAUUACAUGGCUUCUCCUAUCUUUUACUCUUGGAUAAAUGACACCCUCCGCUCCUCUCCCGCAGAACGAGGCUUGAUCAUCUCCGCCUGUAUGACCCUCGGAUACACUUUCUACAUCUGGGUUCCCCUCUUUACCUUUCCCACCGUCGAAGCACCCCGCUACCCACACGGCUAUCCUCCUUCCAUAGUGUUCGCAGCAGCACUGUACCUCUUGGUGCUCUUUGGAAUGUGGUAUAUGGAGAAGCAUCCGGCUGUGCCAGAGGUGCAAGAGGGAGAUAUUGAGAGGAGGAGCCAGGAGAGUGAGCAGGAGGGGGCGAGGACACCGGGAAGCGAGUAUGAGGAUGAAAAGGACGCUUCUGAGGUAGGGAGCAAGGAGAUCAAGGGGACCGUCGUGCUCGGCCGGGAAGCCGAGGCGUUCACUUCGGUGGGAGUACAGACGGCCAAAAUAGGUGCAUAG